CAAGGUGCAGAGACAGGACUACGCUUUGCUUGCAAAUCAAGUCACUGUGCUUUGUCCUCGCGACAAGUUUCGGCAGCAAAUUGACGGUACUUCUGAUCCUUUAAGAUUACAUUAAGCUUAAAAUGAGUGAGGGAAACAAUUAUGAUCAACUGAGAUCCCCUGCUUCUAAUGGUGACAACGUGGACGGCAUUGGGUUGGUCAACCUUGGAGUUGAGAGUGAUGUUAGCCCACCAACUACACCAGAAUCCAGAAAAUUGCGCAGUAUGGUAAGACAUGCAAGCUUGAACGUUAAGCGCAGAAAGGAUUUCUCUCAGGAUGGGGAUAAAGACCGGAAAGCUUUCUUAAGAUGUACAAGCGUAAACCUUAAAUAUAGAAAGGUUUCCACUCAGGGUCUCUCUAGAGGCUUGAGCUUUGGAGGUAACACAUUUCACAUGCGUAAUGAGGACGAGGAUCAUAAAAUUGAAUCCCUCAAAGAUUUUAUAAGCAAAGGGGAAAAAAGUUCUUGGGACGAUAUAAAGAACGUAGUCACAGCAGAUGCCCUAUGCAAAGAAAAAGAUCCUCUAGAUAAGGCAUUUGAGGUUCAUGAAAAACUUUGUCACAUUGCUAAAACAAGUACGGAAAAAACGAAAGCGAUUGAAAAGUUAGCUCAUCGAGUGGAAGACUUUGCAUAUGAUUUAUUGGAUCAAGUAAAGCGAAGGGAAGAAAAAGAGAUACAUGAUAAAGGAGCAGACCGCUACACCUCCCUGUUCAGCAAAAUAACGUUAAACGCAAUAGUUAAAGGACGGCAAAAGUUUGUAUCCCAUCCAUUCAUUUUCAAAAGAGUAGAGAGACGAUGGAAACUUGGCCUAUCGAAGAAUUUUCGUUCUCGACUACCUUAUCAGAUUCUUCUCUUCCUGAUCAUGAUGCUUGACGCAAUACUUACUCCAGUUCUGCUCCCAUUCACUGCUUACGUUGCAUACCAAGACCAGCAGGGGCACCUCAGAGAACAGAGUGUAAGUGAAGCGAAUUCGCCUGGAAACAAAAGGAAAAAGAGAUCGAGGUUGACCAAAAUCUUAGUCAUUCACAGAGAUUACCUCGAGACUCCCUACGUCAUUUUCAUGAAGACUCAAUUUAUGCAACUGGUAUUCAUUGGACUCUUCUUCCGGAUAUCUAUGAUUGGUUCGUCUGUGGCUCCAACCUUUGAGGAGUACUCGAUAUUACUCUUCUUUUGUGGAUUUGUUCUUGGUGAGAUCCAACAGUAUCGAAGUUCAGCAUCGAUGGUUUAUUUCAGAGACAUGUGGAACUACUUGGAUGUACUGAUAAUGCUCGUUUACGCCUUCGUCUUUAGCAGUCGCGUAGCAACUAUCAUUAUUGCUGGUGAUCCCUUUAACAAUCGCUUAUUGGAACUCGCUCAUUAUGGUUAUGGAUUCGACGCCAUGCUCCUAACUCUAAGAUUCUCCAGCAUCCUGGAGCUCAGUUCAGUUAUCGGUCCAUUACAACUGGCGCUGUUUCGAAUGUGUCUUGACUUACUGGUCAUACUUAUCCAGUUUGGUUUUGUCAUUGUUGCAUUCUCACUGGCCAUCACAAAGUGUUACGCAGCCGAGACAUCCUUCCUGACGCCCUUGAACAAUGGAUCAAAUCACGUAGAGUACUGCGUUGAAGGCAGUUUGAAUUGCUUUUUCAAGUCUGCAAGACAGCUGGUCUGGUCUAUAUUUGGAAUGACCCAUUUCGAGGAGAUGGAAUCCUUCACUAGUUUGACUUCGGACAUCGUUGUUUUUCUGUACUUGGUUUUCUUGGUUUUGUCAGUUAUCAUGUUGGUUAAUAUCUUGGUAGCCUUGUUGACAACCACAUAUGACAAAUACAAGACUAACGCAGAAAUCGAGUGGAAAUUCUCACGCGCAGUCGUUGAGGAACAGUACAGACGCAUGCACUUAGUUGUGGUCCCGUUCAACAUAAUUUCAGAGCUAAUCAAGGCUUUGUAUUUUGCUAAAUAUCCGGAUCGUCGAGACAAGGGAAAGGAUGAACGGAACCUGGAAUACCAGAAGUUCUUACAAGAAAGGUUUUUCCCAGAGUUAACUUUGCGCUACUGGAGAAAAUAUAACGGAUCAUUUCCAUUAACAGUCGACAGAAAACUAGAUACACUGAGAGAAAAAAUUGAGUCUGCGAAAAAGGAUCUCAGUCAAAUGAAGAAGAAAGCUCAGAGGGUAAUUAACCUGGAGGAAAAGCUUGAAUUUGUAAUAAAACAACUCCAAAGGAUAUCAAACGGAGUUCCGAAAGAGGAUAAGGGAAAAUCGAAGAAAGAGUUAACAUUUAUCGUAGACAAUGGAGAAACGAAGUCAUCAUCAGAUAACAGGACACUGAUGACCUCAAUGGUGGAAGUACAAAUACGUGCACCGCGAGGGGAGCAGGCUCAGAAAGAAACAGAAGAUCAAAUCAUCGGAACCCCUCAAAUGCAAAGCACCACAGAGGAAUAUGUGUGAAUCAAUCGAUAUUCCUGAUGACUAAUUCCAUGCAAUGGAAGUUGCUUUGAGUCACCUAAAUAUGAACUGAAUUUGCAGAAAUGCGUGUGUGUAAACUUGACUUUGAAAAAAAUUUGAACAUUAUUGCAAAUUGUUCGGCCUAGGGAGAAAUCAGUCGCAUCGAGGUCGCAUCGGGUCAGCCUUUUAAAUUUUCAUUCUUUAAAACUGUCACAGAAAUUACUUCAUUUAUCCCAGGACUCCUUCGCUCAUUGUGUCUCUUAAUUUCGGAGUUGUCGAAGUUCGAGAUUUUUCUUCUAUUGUUUUAAGCAAAGGAGAGUUUAUGAAGUUUGUAAUCGCCCUCAAUCAGCAGAUCGGUAGACGGCAUGACACAUACAUUACUGAUGAUGACUAAUUUCGUCAAAGGCGAAAGUAACUGCAUUUUGAUUAGUGUAAUUAAAUACAACCAGCGUGUUUUUUUCUUUGUUUUGUUUUGUUUUGUUUUUUUUUUACAGGGAGUUUUACAGAGAGUAAUUAAAUUGAAUUGUAGAAGGUAAAUGGGCCAAAAAUGUAUAAGUUCGUGAACGGUGAACUAGGCUCACUCAAGGUUGCAUGUCAGCUUUCUAGCCCCUAUAGAAAUAAGAAUAUGCAUUUCACUGAAUUUGUCCGCGGCGCUCUAUUUCAAGAUUUUAUACUUUCUUUUUUAUAGUUUUAUAUGCAGUGGUGUAUCUGAAAAGUGGUUGUUAAACUAAAUGUAGCAAUUACUUAAAUAAAAUAAAG